AUGGGUCUCUCUAAGACGAAUAGGAUCUUGAUCCUGCUGGUCAUUGAUACAGCUUUCUUCCUACUUGAAUUGAUAACUGGUUACGCCGUUCACUCACUUGCCCUUGUUGCCGACUCCUUCCACAUGUUGAACGAUGUUUUAUCUCUCUGCGUCGGAUUAUGGGCCGUGAAGGUCGCAAACCGCGAGACUACCUCCAACACCUACACAUACGGCUGGCAACGAGCCGAAACUCUUGGUGCUCUGGUAAAUGGCGUCUUCCUCGUCGCAUUGUGCAUGUCGAUUUUCCUGGAGGCGACUCAGCGAUUGGUGGAACCGCAGGAAGUCCAAAACCCCCGGUUUGUUUGCAUUGUUGGUUGCUUCGGGUUGGCCUCCAAUCUCAUUGGAUUGGUGCUUUUCCAUGACCACUCCCACGGACAUGGCGGGGGUCAUGAUCACGGCCAUGACCACGACCACGAUGAAGAGCACGCCAUCGAGGGAGGAUACACUGAUCACGACCACGACCAUGACCAUGACCACGAUCAUACCCCAGUCGCUCUACCAGAAUCCGAGACCACCCUUACCCACUCUACUACAGAGCCCGGCUCCCCGAUCUCCCGCAAACGCCGAGACACCCAAACCCGUAGUUCCAGGGGCUACAGCGCCCCCAAUGGACGUGGCUUCGUCAGCGCCGAGGAUAUUCCAGUGCUUCCAGAGCGACUCCGACAAGGAAUUAUUGCAGCCAGCCAGUACCGCAGUGAAGAAACCUCGGAUUCAGAGGGUCGCGAUGACGAAGAGAUUCCAUCUGAACGAUCGGGCCUUUUGCGCCACCGGGACCACGCCACAAACUACACCGACGAGGAGGGAGCGCCAGUAAGAGUUCAUGACCACCGGGAUGAGGAUGUUCACAAAUCGCACAACCACGCGCAACCCAAGUCGAAGGAUCAGAAGAAGGGCCACAGCCAUGACCUCAACAUGCGUGGUGUCUUCCUCCACGUCAUGGGUGACGCCCUCGGAAACAUUGGUGUGAUCGUUUCAGCGCUGAUUAUCUGGCUGACCGACUAUGAAUGGCGCUACUACGUCGACCCCGGCAUUUCCCUUGUGAUCACCCUUAUCAUUCUUGCUUCUGCUAUUCCGUUGUGCAAGGCCGCAUCCCGCAUCCUGCUCCAGGCCGUUCCCCCCGGAAUGAGCAUCGAUCAUAUCAAGGAGGACAUUGAGCGACUGCCCGGUGUCAUUGGAUCCCACCACCUGCACGUUUGGCAAUUGAGCGACACUAAGAUUGUGGCAUCUAUCCAUCUCCAGGUAGACACCGAGAUCAAGGGCGAAGGUUCGGAGAGGUACAUGCGUCUCGCCAGACAGGUGCGACGUUGUCUCCAUGCCUACGGUAUCCACUCUUCUACCAUUCAACCCGAGUUUGCUCCCGAGAGUGACGUUGAAGAUAAUGGCCAGGCCGCCUCCUCUCGUGGUACCGAGGAUGCACUCCCCAGUCGUGCUGCCAGUGUCCGGGACGGUGACUCUCAAGCGUGCCUUCUGGAGUGUGACGAGAACUGUGCUCGCGGAGGCCAGUGUUGCCCCAAAAAGUGA